CGUUAGGCCUGAUUCUGGCCGGUUGCUCCGAGCUGGGUCCGGUAACCCUCGCGUGCCAGCAGGACGGUCAGCCGCGUCGCCGACACCAUCAGGCGCCAUUAUUAUGGGUCAGCACAGCGAAAGUUCACAUUUUGAUCCCGAAGAUGCACGAAUGUCCAACCCGGUUUUUCAGGUUUUCCGCAGCUUUUAUCUUGAAAAAAGACACAGAAGGGGAUGUGCUCGUUUACGCCUCGCAGGCAAGUGGCUGCGAAACGUCACAGACAACAUCAACAACAACAAAAAUGGCUUGAAGUCAACAAUUCCAAAUGUCAUUUUAUUUAACCUCUCACGGACAUUCAGAAUGUGAUUCCAUUGCGUUGCUAAUGAGAGCAGCGUCUUCAAACGACUUUCCCUUUCUCGUUAGGUCCCGCAAUUGAUUUGGCAAUGUGAGCUGUUUUUGCGUGCACGUUGUUUUUAGCACAGAUGGCAAUAGAAGGUUGGCCGGUGCAAGGCAGAAGGUAAACGGUAAUAGCGCGCACAAGCGGCGCUCCCUAUCUCGCCUAUGGCGCGCAGUGUCAGGCCUGCAUUGAAAAGUAAGAUGGAUCGCCACCAUUUCGUCUCCUCACAGUGCUUGUUGUAACCCCAGGUUCACCCGAGGAGGCCAUUGGCGGAGAGGCGUCACGUGACCACGGGGUGCCAAUGUUCUUCUACAAGGGUGUCAAGACCCUGUCACUUUGUGAAAUAAAUAUUGGGAAACGGCGAGAUGCAAAAGGCAACCUACUACGACAGCUCGGCAAUUUACAGUGGCUACCCGUAUCAAAGCGCAAAUGGCUUCAGUUAUGAUGCCAAUCAGGUCCAAUAUCCCCGCGCCUCUCAUGUGGAAAGUGACUACAAUCGACCCGCCUGCUCCCUGCAGUCUCCUGACGGCUCGGUGGCUCCUCUGCACAAGCCGCUGGAGAUGCAGGCGGAGAGCUGCGACGGCACGGCGGCGCCGUCCAGGGCGCGUCAUCCCGAGGGCAGCCCACCUCCCUCCCGCUCCCCCUCCGAUAGCGGCCAGAACGCCAACAACGGCAGCGGGCAACCGAGCGCCAAGAGCGGCUCGCCGUCUUCGGGCGCCCGCGGCAAGCAGAUCUUCCCCUGGAUGAAGGAAUCCCGCCAGAACACCAAGCAGAAACCCGCAAAUAGCGCCAGUUCAGCGGAGAGUUGCCCGGGAGACAAGAGUCCUCCUGGGUCGGCCGCCUCCAAGAGGGCCAGGACGGCUUACACCAGCGCCCAGCUCGUGGAGCUGGAGAAGGAGUUCCACUUCAACCGCUACCUUUGCAGGCCUCGCAGGGUGGAGAUGGCCAACUUGCUCAACCUGACAGAGAGACAGAUCAAAAUCUGGUUCCAGAACCGCAGGAUGAAAUACAAGAAGGAUCAGAAGGGCGUGGGGAUGAUGCCUUCCCCUGGGGGGCAGUCCCCUCGGAGUCCAGUGGGCCCCCCUUCCGGUGGAGGAUACCUCAGCUCUAUGCAUUCUCUCGUAAACAGUGUUCCUUAUGAGUCCCAGUCGCCGACGUCUUACAGUAAGAAUCACCCGAACGCGUACGGCAUGCCUACGUCAUACCCUCCCGCUGGUUUGAACAGCUCCCACAAAAGGUAUCCCGACUCGGCCACGCCCGAGUAUGACGCGCACCCCCUGCAGGGGGGCAACUACGGCACGCACAUGCAAGGCAGCCCCGUUUAUGUCGGCGGAGGUUACGUGGAACCCAUGGCCAACUCCGGGGCUUCCGUUUUCGGCCUGACGCACCUCCCGCACCCGCCGUCCUCCAACAUGGACUACAACGGAGCAAUCACGAUGGGCAACAGUCAGCAUCACGGCGUGUGUGAUCCAACGCCCACGUACACAGACCUUACACCGCAAUACUCUCAGGGAAGAAUCCAGGAGGCGCCCAAGCUGACUCAUCUGUAGCGGUGCACGGCGCAGUCCGUAUCACUCCGCCCAUUGUCUUGUAGCCACCUCGGGACCGCAUCACCAUCUUUUGUUUGUGUGCCUCCACACAGCGCCGACAUUCUCUCUUUCUCGCGCUCUCGUUUUGUUUUUUUCCCCUUUCGGUUUCUUUUAGUUCGAUGAUGUGUGAAGUAGCGUAUAGGAUAAAUGUCGAUAUUUUUUUUUUUGAAAGACAUUUCUGAGGUCUCGAGGAGGAUGUCGAGCGAGCCAAGGCCUAUUUAAUCUAUUUUAAGUGUUUUUUUUUUUCAAUUUCAAACAGGGUAUUAUGAAAACAUGUUAUUCGUUUUUUAUGUGAACUUAUUUAUCCGCAUUUGAAGUUUUUUAAUGCAUUUUGUUGCACUUGUGAAAGGAUCCAGGGCAUACGUGAAAGAAAUGCAUUUGUCAAAUUAAGGGUCACGAGCUAAUCGGCUGCAACCCUUUUGCUCGUUUUGUUCUAUUUGGACUUUCUGAUGUUAUUUAUUUUUUGUUUAGUGUUAAAAGUAGUCCUGUUAUUAUUUGACACCCUUGCGAGAAGCUCAGUGGGUUCAAGACCCCCCCCCCUCCCCAUUUUCAGCCCACGUCCUAACCACGCAAGCUCCAUUUCCACCCUUCUUCUUCGAUUAAACAAUUCGUUUUUAUUUUAAUUUUCUUACGGAAUAUAAAAUCAAUCGGUCGACACAAUAAGGGUGGAAAUGAGGAUACACUUUCGUCGUUUCUUUAUUGAAAAAUAUUCAAACACACGACAAACCCUUUCAUACAUUCCAUGCUGCUCCAGUUCGAAGAAGUAAAUAAAACAAUUGAAAUACAACCAAAGCAUAUCUCUUUUAAUUCAGACAAACUAUCAGAAUGCACAUCAUUUAUUUUUGAUUGAAAAACGAGACUGAAGUAAUCAUUAGGUUACCUGCAUUCGCCUUGGAAAGUAGUGCGUAAAAAAAACUCAACGCACAAAUAAACUUGUCAUAAAUUAUUCUUGUAUAAAAAAAAAAAUCUGCCAUUAACAUCCUUCAGCAAGAUAUCUGGAACUGGUGGUUACAUGCAAGCAAAAA